GGGAGCGAGAGAGAAGGAGGAGGGGGGGUAACGGUUUUAGGGGAGUCAAAGAAGGGCGAAUACACAGAUAUUAUGCUGCAGCGGAGAGAAGCAGGGACUCUGGUCUGAACGCGGAGCGGCUCUGUGCCACGGCUCGGACGGGCUUCAGGAGACAGCAUGCCGCCGCUGUAGGUCACAUUUCUUUUUUAAAAAAGAGAAGAAUUACGCACAGGUGCUCGUUCGUUUUGUCCCCACGAAGAGGCUCGUUUUGUACAUGCCGACCGUCUGAAUUGGAUACCGAAAAGGGGGGCGGGAGAGCGAGCAACAAGUGGAGUUUGGCGCGGAGAGGCCGGACGUUUGUCCCCCCCCCCCCAUCGUCGAUCGGCUAUGGAGGAGCGGAAGGAGCCCAGCGGCAGCCGGGACUCGACCGAGGAGGAGAGCAUGUCCCUGUCGCCGAACCUCCCAUCCCCUCCCGUGAUUUUACCCCACCAGGCGGCCCAGCAGGCCCACCGAACCACGAACUUUUUCAUAGACAACAUCCUGCGGCCGGAUUUCGGCUGCAGGAAGGAGCCGAGCUACCGCGACCGGAGCCAGACGCCGGGCCGGGAAAACGUCAACCCGCUCGGAGCGAGGCCGCCGCACACCGGCAGCCUCUGCCUGGACUCCAACUGCAGCAGUGACAGCCCCUCUUCGUCGCCCUCCUCUUCUUCCUCCUCCUCCUCCUCCUCCUCGUCGUCGUCCACGUCCUCCUCGCCCUCGUCCAAGCAGAAGUCGUCGAAACAGGGGGGCGAAGCGGCGGGCGCCGUGGCGGGCAGGUACGCGGACAGCCCCUCGUCCAUUAUGGUGGUGAGCGGCGGCAAUGGAGGCUCUCCGCCCAUCACGAAAGAAAGCCAGCCGAUGCUGUGGCCCGCUUGGGUUUACUGUACGCGCUACUCGGACCGGCCCUCAUCUGGCCCGAGGACACGCAAACUGAAAAAGAAGAAGAGCAGCCCCAAGGAGGACAAGCGGCCCCGCACGGCGUUCACCGCCGAGCAGCUGCAGAGACUGAAAACCGAGUUCCAGGCCAACCGGUACAUAACGGAGCAGCGCAGACAGGCCCUGGCCCAGGAACUCAACCUCAACGAGUCCCAGAUCAAAAUCUGGUUCCAGAACAAGCGGGCGAAGAUCAAAAAGGCCACCGGCUACAAGAACGGCCUGGCCCUGCAGCUCAUGGCCCAAGGACUGUACAACCACUCAACGACCACCGUGCAGGAGGAGAAGGAGGAGAGCGAGUAGAGAGCGGCCCGGGCGUGGGCCCGCCGGGGCCCCAGCGGGGGGCCCGCCGCCUCGCUCUUUGGGUUUUUUUUUUUUUGGAGACAAUGACAGCAGAAAAAAAAGACAACAAAUGAACUGGAAGUGGAGGAGACGCUAUUUAAAAAACACACACACACACACACACACACACACACACAUUUCUGUUAAUGGUGAAAGUAUAUGGACAUAAUUAUAUAAAUGAACGAUCGUUAUUAAAGUUUAUAUAGCCAAAAACACGUUAUCAUGUUGUAUACAAUAUAUUUAAUUUCACCUCUCGUCCGGAUCCUUUCUGUCUGUUCUCGUUUUUUUCGGGAAUUUUUGGUUGUUUUUUUUGGUGGUCCCCUUGUCGCUCACAGAAUCCUUCCACACAUCAGCCCGCAGACUCAAAACAAGCCAAAGAUUUGAAUAUGUUCACGUGUAGUCUGAAAUAAAGAGAGAGCACGGUAGAUAUGGACGUUAACGGGUCCUUCUUUCAUUCGUUCGCACGGAUAAAAGCGUCGGGCAAAAACAAACGUCUCGACCUUUUAUUGAGCCCAUUACGAUUAUUAUUAAUAUUACUCAGGGCUGGUAAAGUGGAAAAUAUUGAUUCUAUUUUUUUGUUCUAAUUAGGAAAUUAUGAAGGACAGUUGUUCGAUCAAAAUGUGUAUUUCUUGUGGUAGUGUCAUUAUUUAACUGUCACUCCAAUUCAGCCAGCUUAUCAUUUCAACUCGCAAAAAAACAUUCCAACAUAAAAUAUAUAUUUCACACAGCGAAUUAACAGGAGCAGCCCAUAAUUAAAAGCAGUCUUUAAAUGUCUCAAUAACAUUUAUGGAUGAUUUCCUUUUUGUAUUUGUUUCAUGUUGGAUGGUGCUCACACACGCACGAGGACUCUUCUUGUUUCACUAAAAAUCUCACACCGCUAGUUUCUCCAUAAUGGAUAACAUUUCACUCAUGAAUCUAUUCACAGCAUUUACAAGCUCUUUGGUAACGUUUUCCUGUCGUUCAUCUCUCCCCGUGGAAAAAACAUGGGGGUACGUGUUCGGGUUCAGGUGUGAUAGGGCCUGGCUGUGAACCCUGUGACAUGGCAGCAGAGAGCGUGUGUGUGUGUGUGUGUGUGUGUGUGUGUGUGUAGAGGUCGCGUAUGAUCGUACGAUGCUGGGGACGUUGUUUCGAUUUCCCUCGUUGAUUCUUUUUCGGGGUGUGCGUGGUAGUUUUGAGUAUUAUUCUUUAUUUUAUAUGUUUGAAAAUAGAAAGGGGCAGUUGAAGGGGGAAACACAUUACAACUACACAAAUUAAUAUAUUCUGAAUUUUAACUCUGGGGAAAAAAACAAACUCUUAAGGGAUGUGGUAAAAUAUAUGUAUUUUAUUAUUUAUUUGUAUAUAACUAAACCAGUUACUCUAAGCCCAUUUAUAAUUGUCACUUGCCCUCACUUUAUGUCAUCCAGUAUAUUCAUUCUGACCAGUUUGAACUCACUAGAAAAGCUGAAAAAGCUUACAAUAUGAGUGCAGAGUUAUUUUCCACUGAAAGUAAAUAUUAAUUUCAAACACCUAUUUACGUCUAAGGCGAACUCUCGCUUUGAUUUGAUUGUUUAUUGGAAUGAAAAGCGGAUGCGUUAAGGAGCUCGGCUGCAAUGCCAUCGCGUCAACAGAAAAGCUCUUAUAAAUAUGGAAAUACAAAUAAUAAAGUGAACAAAACAGUACCCAGGUGAUCUGAA